UAAGAAACUUUGAAUUUUGAAAUUAGUGAAAUUCCUAGGAAUAGGUUUAAUAAUCUUAUAUUUGCUUUGUAACUACAUAUAAUAAUAAGCGGUAAUUACAUAUACCGCUUUUACAGUAUAGCUUAAAUUUCCUCUUUGUCACACAUUAGUGUAUGAUUAUGUCACAUGACCUGAUUUCUCCAUUCACAAUCUUCUGAUUACUAAUCACGCACACCUGUUUCUAAUCCCACUAAUCCCUUUAAGUGACACUGUUCAGUGUGAAGUCUCCCACCUGCUUUUCUCCAGUGAUAAGGCCAAGCAGGUUUUCUGGACUUUUUGAGCUUGUACUUACUCUGUUUGUGGAUCAGCUGACCCUGCCCGCUUUUCACUCUCUCAUGAUUAACUGCAUCUACAUCCAAACCCUGUGCGAUCUGACAGUUCCCUAGGUAUUUUUUAAGGCAACGGCAAAACUAUUUUACUAAAAACAUCUACUCCAGACUUGGCAGCCUCGGAGGUGUGAACUGCAUGCAGGUUUGGAAUUUGGUGAGUAAUUGGUUUCUCCUUCACUCCUCUUCCAUGACAAACCGGAACGUACCACCUCCACUGCAUGCCAGCCAAAUGUGCGAGGGAAUGGUUCAACUCCGAGACGCCUCUGCACUACCUGGAGGUGCCGUGUAUGGACAGCUUCCUCCCAAAUGAAUAUUGUUUCCCAGAACAAGAUUGUAAUACUAAGUUGAAACCACAAUGGACGUCCUUAAUUCUAUAGACUUUACCUUCACAUUGCAACGCCAGUGGGCUGUUCAUCGAUAAUUGGUUCAUCGCACCAUCAUUUUCCAGCACUCACACAUGAGUGUGAGGAUCUGUCCUGAGCACAUCACUACCAGCUAGGGACCAGAAGGUAGAAGUGCCUCUGUUUAAGGAUGGGGGCUCCAGCAGGACCUCUGUUGGGUGGCUUCAGCUCUACCACUGCCUCUGUGGACAUCAGUGGCUGGAUGACCUGGCCUGGGAACACCACCAUAAGCCUGAACCAGAGCCUCUUCUGGACCGACCCUGGCACCAACCUUUCCUCCACCGCAUCCUCCGGUCAGGGCAUAGCCAAGGAAGUGAUCAAAGAGAAGAACUGGCCGGCGCUGCUUAUACUCAUCAUCAUCCUGCUGACCAUAGGAGGGAACAUUCUAGUUAUUAUGGCCGUGUCGCUGGAGAAGAAACUGCAGAACGCAACUAAUUUCUUCCUGCGGUCUUUGGCUGUGGCAGACAUGUUGGUGGGCAUCCUAGUAAUGCCCAUCUCGCUCAUCAACAUCUUGUAUGACUAUGUGUGGCCACUUCCUGAAGCUCUGUGCCCGAUCUGGAUCUACCUAGAUGUGCUUUUCUCCACGGCCUCAAUCAUGCACCUGUGUGCCAUCUCUCUGGACCGCUACGUGGCUAUCUGCAACCCCAUCCAACACAGUCGCUUCAACUCGCGCACCAAAGCCAUGCUGAAAAUAGCCGCUGUCUGGACCAUCUCUAUAGGUAUCUCCACGCCUAUUCCCGUGAUUGGCCUCCGCAACACAGAUAAAGUCUUUGUAAAUGGAAGCUGUAUGCUGAAUGAGGAGCGUUUUGUGCUGGUCGGCUCCUUCGUGGCCUUCUUCAUCCCUCUUGUCAUCAUGGUGGUCACAUACUGUUUAACUGUCCAGGCCCUUCAGCGUCAAGCCUCUGUCUUCCUCCAUGAGGCUAAAGCCUUUUCCCAGCAGCCGGGACCCACGUCCUCGUCUCAGCUGGCUCCACCCCCUGUCCCCUCCCGUCGCAGCAGCCUGAACUGUCUGCGGAUCGGGAACUCGCUGAGCCCAGCGACAUCCGACAGCAUCUCCAUGGUGGCUGGCUCGGAGGUACCGUCUCAGCUAAGCUCACCAGCCGUAUCCCACGGCCGCCGUGGCAUGAUGCAGGCCAUCAAAAACGAGCGGCGUGCAUCCAAGGUCCUGGGCGUAGUGUUCUUCCUCUUCCUGCUUAUGUGGUGCCCAUUUUUCAUCACCAACGUGCUGUCUGUGUUGUGUCGAGGCGCAUGCAAUGAGCCCCUGCUCUCUGACCUGCUCAAUGUGUUUGUGUGGGUGGGCUACAUCUCGUCAGGUGUGAACCCUCUGGUAUACACUCUCUUCAAUAAGACCUACAGGCGUGCCUUCUCCAGCUACAUGCGCUGCCAGUAUAGCGGAGUCCGGCUCAGGCCUGUGGCCAUCCAUGUACCGUGCCCAUCACAAGCCGCCGUCACACCGCUUCUAAUUUGCGUAGACGUUGAUCGGAACAGUAACUGCCGCAAUGGAGACGGCAACGCACUUCAGAAGCUGGAGUUACCCGACAUUGACACUCAUCUUGGGAUAGAGAUGCAAACUGGAGUAUCAGCGAUAUCCGUCAACAGCUGCCAUCCACUGGCAGAACACACCAGCAGUGUUUGAUUCACUAUGGCUGAGCCGUCUGUUGUAGCAUGGCCACUAGGAUCAUCUCUGUGUGUUUGUGUACUCCUUUUUACUCAAGGAAGCGCCACCCCAAUGGAACCCGCACCAGCACUGGGGCUGGCCAUCACCACACUGUAGAAUGUAUGUUGGCGGAGCACAGGGCGAGGGGGGGGAGAUUUACAGCAUCAGGGACUAACCUGGUUCACAUGCAUUAGGACAAUCCAGGACACUCUGCACUGUGUGGGAAAUCUGAAAUCUAAAUUAUGAUGUGUUUGAACAGGUUCAGAUAUCUGAAUGCCAUAAAGUGUUGCAUGGCUUAAUCUAGUUUUUCAAUAAAACAACUGGACAGUGUGACUAAGCAACAAGACUUCCAAAGAGAGAGCUCCAGCUCCCUCAUGUGGUUCUUUACAAAAACUGCAGCUGGCUUCUGAGAUGCGAGAGGAAGAAGGCUGACCUACAUUCACUCCCAAAAACUAUCAGGCAUUAAAUUAUCUACCCCAAGUACAUCAAAGCUUUGAAUAAAUUACAUUUCCAUUACAUAUGUUUGUUUCAAUAUACCUAUCAGGUAGGUUGCAGCCUAGGACUAUCUAUGCAUAAUAAUCAAUGCAUUUUGGAAUGGCUGGAUCUGGAGUGUUUUAUUUCAUAUAACCUGACAGAUUAGAAGAGAAAGGCCUAAAGAAGUCCUCAGAUCGUCUCAUAACCACAAACCCACCUGUAAUUGCGCAUCCACGGCAAAUCUGUAGAAUGGAAUGAAGUUCAAAUCUUAUAGAUCAUUUCUAAUCAAAGCAUGCAGUUUGUUGGCUAUCUAAGGUAUGGCACCAGAGCUAUGCUUUAAAUCAUGACGUUAAAGGUUUGAGACAUGGUUUAGACUUGCAUAGAAAAUGUUGCAAAGUCAUGAGAAAUGUCACUCUCUCAAAGGUUACUUCCUCAAGCAAUACCACAAUAGUUGGAGAAUUUUCUCUUGAAUGUAAUUGUCAGUUAUCUAGUGGUGCAAACACACAGGAGAACUACACCGAAUGCGUGGAAAGAAACAUGAUUUCUGCUGUACGGUUAUGAAAGCCACAUCUAAAAAAAAACAGCAAAACCUAGUCUGUCAGAUCCAAACCAUAUGUUCAGAGGAGCUAUAGUUGUGUUGUUGUGUAAAAUGCUGUAAAUGCUUGUUGUUUUGUGAGUGUGUAGAAUUUUAGUACUCAGUAUAUAUUAAAGGUCCUUCAUUCAAACUGCCAUUUUAUACCAAAACCUGUGAAUGUUUGUUCAAAUCACUUCUCCUCUUUCAAUCACUUACACAUGACCUUCUUUUGUGAUGCUGCUAUUUAUUUAAUAAACUUCCAUUAUCAUUCCUGUCAGUGUUUUUCUCUAUGACAAUAUGCCCUUGAAGGAAAACUCCACCCAGAAUGACUUGCAAUAUUUAUAAUCAAUAUGUGUUCUUCAACUGUGCAAAAGAUUUAUUUUAUGAUGAAAGUUUACAAUUCUGGUUGAAACUUCUUUCAUCGUUUCGACUUUCACUAAUUUCUUACCC